UCGAACGCGCUGCCAUGAGUUGACAGACAUUUUGGCUGAUCAGACUCUUUUCGUCCAGGUGUUCUCUGUUGAUUGUCGGUGCAGAAGAUUUGUUUGUUAGGGUUGUAUAUUCAGUUGUCAUAAGCUUCAGGUCGCGGUGAUUCAUAUCAAUGAGACUAAACAGCAUGAGUACAUCUAGGCGAUGCAGCUGAAACGCACCCUCAGUCAUUGCAGCCUUUCUGGUGGACCUUUCUGGUAGUCCUAGUGCCGUAAAUACUUUUAUCACGUGAUCGAGGAUGUCAUUUCAAUGAUAGAGUAGCUCUAGCUUUGAAUAUAGUAUGCUGGUUUCACCUGGGGAUUCUGCGUUGUUUGUUCCGCAUAAAGACUAUCUGUUGUAGGCGCGCGUGUCAACGUUCUAAACUUGCGCAGAUGGGCCAACAGCCAGUUUUGCACGCAGGGACUCCGUCUAGUACGUGCGAGAAAAGGACGGAAAACGCAGGUCCAUUGCCUUCGCCAGAUGUGAGGCCAACAGACGACCCUCGUCUUCUCGUUGCCCCCUCACGCAUAACCGCAGCGGGAAAUGGGUUGUUUGCCGUGGAAAAAAUACCACGAGACACAGCGAUCGUCAAAUACACCGGGACACUGCUUUCCACCGCGGAGGCAUUUCGGUUGGACGACAAAACAUACCUGAUGCGGCUCGGACUGGGAAAGUACGUGGACGGCAAUCCGGCCCGGAGCACCGACACGAACCCGGACAAACGAGAACACGUGCAGUCGCUCGCUUGCUAUCUAAACGACGCCAGGCCCUACAACUGUUACUUCGUGAAGCGCCCGGAGGAUGGGUGGGCGGACGUGGUCACUCUUAGAGACGUAGAGGCAGGAGAAGAGCUGUAUGUGAGCUACGGAAAACUGUAUUGGACUGGGCACAAACUCGCAAAUCUUGGCAGUCCGCAGAAAAAGGCAGUUGUUACGCCAGCAACGGAAUUUGUUUGUCAGAAGGCGGACGCGCGGACUGAGACACUCUGGGACAUCACCUAGUGCACCUGUUCUCCCAGUCACCGCAAUUUGCUCACGGCCGAAGAUCCUGAAAGUACUCG